AUGUAUUCUAAAUUCCUUGAGCUAUGUUCAAGGAGGUUUUUAGACGGCUACCGCGUACAAUGUUCUCCUUCCAAAUUCGACAAUAUAAUAGUGGCAAUGUCUAGUGGUGUUGAUUCAUCCGUGUGUGCUGCAUUAUAUGCCGGCUUCCCAAAUGUGAGUGGAAUAUACAUGCAAAAUUGGUCUGAACAAUCUGAGCCUAUCUCAAGUAAUGCUAAUAAUGAGCCAUGUUAUGAAAAAGACUGGAAAGAUGUUAAACGGGUUGCUUCACAUUUAAACAUACCCGUUGAAAGGGCGAACUUUGAGAAAGAUUAUUGGCUGGAUGUAUUCGAACCUAUGCUGCAAGAAUAUGAACGCGGUUAUACGCCCAACCCAGAUAUUGGGUGUAAUAAGUUUUUGAAAUUUGGAAAGCUUAGAACUUACCUGAAUCAAAAGUAUGGUUGUGGGAAUUACUGGCUUGUCACCGGACAUUACGCCCGCGUUCAAAUCCACAAGACUACAGAAGAGAAUCAUCUCCUCAGGGGAUAUUACAGUGCUAAAGACCAGAGCUAUUAUCUUUCCCAAGUAGAUCCAGCGGUGCUUGAUAGCUUACUUAUGCCAAUAGGACAUUUAACAAAACCAGAAGUACGACAAUGGGCAGAUAAAGCUGGCCUACCAACAGCGAGCAAACCCGAUUCACAGGGUAUUUGCUUUGUAAACAACUCUCAAAAAAGAUUCCACGACUUCUUAAAUGAAUAUUUACCCAUUAAAAGAGGUCACUUUAUUAGUGUCGAUGUUUUGACAGGAGAAAAAAGGGUAUGGGGGGAACAUAAAGGACUUUGGACUUACACAAUUGGUCAAAAAGUGGGAUUGCCUAUGCCUCAAGGUGACCCAAGAUAUAAAGGUGCAUGGUAUGUAAGUGAAAAGCACAUGGAUACAAACGACAUUGUAAUCGUACGAGGUACAGACAACGAAUCUCUCUAUAAGCAAAACGUCACUGUCUCAAAUUUUACUACUAUUGGCGUGAUAAAGACGAUUAUUCAUGAUAUGAAAGAUGCAAUUGCGAAAGGACUUUUAUAUAUGCAAUUCAGAUCAUUGCAAGAUCCUAUUCGAGUAGUUUCUUGCAAAUGGGAGGACCGUCAUAAGUUGACAUUACUACUUUCAGCGAAGCAACGCGCCAUGGCGCCGGGCCAAUACUGUUGUAUAUACCUCCAAGACAGAGUACUUGGGAGUGGCAUCAUCUCUUCUACAUUUUAG